AUGGCAGUGCACUCGCUGUUAGCAUCACUGCUUUCGCUGCCGCUUGCUGUCGCAACGUUGGCCGCGGACAAAUCGCCUCCGAAGGGUGGAAUUUCACAUGUCCAACACCCUCGGGACAUCAACACCACAUACGACUACAUCAUCGUCGGCGGCGGGACAUCCGGACUGACAGUAGCGAACCGCCUCACCGCACAUGCACACGUCUCGGUUCUGGUGGUGGAAAUGGGACAGAUUGACAAUGGAGAGCGCGUGCUGCUGCCGUACACGACCAAUGUGAACAGCUUCCAUGACCUGGCUCCGGUGACUUCGAUGCCCUUGAAGCACCUCUCCAACACACCAUACUUUGUCGCUGCAGCAGCUACAGUAGGAGGCGGCAGCGUCAUCAAUGGAAUGUUCUUCGAUCGCGCAAGCGCGGCGGACUACGACGCAUGGGAGCAACUGGGUAACCCAGGCUGGGGCUUCGAUGACCUGUUGCCUUACUUCAUCAAGUCGACGAAUUGGUCCGUACCCUCUCCAGAGAUCGCGGAGAUGUACAACUAUACCUGGGAUGAGUCCUGCUGGGGACAAUCCGGUCCCAUCCAUUCCAGUAUACCGCCUUUCCAAUGGCCCGAACUACCGACUUUCCUGCAGGCGUGGCGCGAGAUGGGCGACGACAUUCGCUUUCCUGAGGAAGGAAAUGAUGGUUCCGGAUUGGGUGUCAUGUGGGUGCCGAGCAGCCAGGAUCCGACUACGCAGACUCGAUCGAGCGCCAAAACAGGGUACUACGAUCCCAUUGCGGACAGGUCGAACUUGCAUCUUUUGACCCAGACGCGAGUCGAGAAAGUGAACUUUAAAGGCAAGACUGCGGUCGGCAUCACCAUGACCAGUCUCUUGGACAGCAAGACCUACAAGGCGAGCGCUAGAAAAGAGGUGAUCAUGGCGGCUGGACCAGUUUUCUCCACGAACUUGCUCCAUAAAUCUGGUAUCGGUCCACGAGGCAUGCUGGAAGCGGCGGGCAUCGAAGUCAUCGAAGAUCUUCCAGGCGUAGGGACGAACUUCCAAGACCAUCCUGCUUUGUACAUGUACUGGGACCUCCUCAACGACACCUAUCCUAGCCCAGGACUCCUCCAGUCCAACACCACGUUCUUCCGAGAAGCAAGAGAUGAGUACGACAAGUCGCGUAGUGGUCCACUCAUACAGCCGCACGGGAACAACGCCGCAUUCCUGAGCCUGCGCACAAUCAGCCCAGACGUAGACGAAAUCGUCGCGCAGAUCGCGGCACAGGAUCCAUCGCGAUACCUACCCGACUCCUACGACUUCACAUCAAGGAUUGGAUACGCAGCGCAGCACGCAAUCCUCGUCGACAGACUUGGUGGUACCAAGAGUGCAGUGUACGAAAUGACGUUCAACGGCGGGAAGAUGGUAGCGAAUGCCUUUCAGAAACCGCUCUCGAGAGGUACCAUCGUCCUCAACAUGUCUGAUCCUCUCCUGGGUCCGCAGGUGGACUACAAUACGCUGGCGAACCCGAUGGACGGCAUCAUCACCGUCGCGAUGCUCAAUUACACGCGGAAGUUCUAUCAGACUCCGAGCAUGCAAUCGUUGGGCGCGAGCGAGACGAUACCGGGCCCGGGAUAUGUCAGCACCGAGGAUAUUCUGAAGCAAUUUCAGCAGAGACUCCUGUCUCCGUCGUUCUCGCACCCUUCGUGCUCAAAUCCGAUGAUGCCGUUGGCGCUGGGUGGUGUCGUCAGUCCCGAACUUCUGGUUUAUGGAGUGGAGAGGCUGAGUGUGGUGGACGUAUCGAUCAUGCCGAUGAUUCCAGCAACACAUUUGUGCGGCACAGUGUAUGCAAUCGCGGAGAAGGCCGCCGACUUGAUCAAAGCAAGGAAUUCGGAAGGGGAUGUCUGUGAUACGGGACCACCGUCAAAUUGUCGAAAGCAGAAAGGCGGAUCUUGA